UUCUCUUCAUUUUUUGUUUAAAUCAAUGCGCAAAAGUUUUAAUCAUUUCUUUCUUAUUUUUUUAUUUUAUUUAUUAUUAUGGAUGACUAAUUAUAAUGAGGCUAAUGAAAGGACGAGAAAAGCUUCUAAAUUAAUUGUUGACAAAAUUAAACAAUUAAUUAAUGAAAAAGUUGAGAGGUAUUUUUUAAAGGUCCACCACCAUCAGGUCAACUGA